AGAAUGGCUAACGGCAACUACUGUGCAUGCAAUUCGAGAAGUCGAUUCUUCUCACCAACGAAGUGCAUGAACGUGAAAGCAGCGUUUCAUUACAAGAUUCCAAAUAUCUCUAACUACUAAAACUCAUUUUUAUAUUUAGAUUUUUUUAAUUCUACUUUCUGAGCUCGUCAACCCAAUUGCCUGUACUUUUUCCAGAUUCAUUUAAUUUGCACCAUCAAAAAGGCUUGUCUGACUUUCUUUUGUCGUUUGUUUUCCAGUUAAUUAAUUAUCUCAAAAUUUUGGUAUUGGAUCUCACAUACAGAUUGUUUUAUAGACUUACGAACUAUCUUGUUCUCACUCACUGUACCCAAUAGCUAAGGCAAAAGUGUACUGUUCAAUUUGCUGAUUAUUGAUAUUUGACCUUGUCUAUCGAACAAUAAUCUCUGGUUACGCCUUUUGAUAAACUCUCCUUUGAGCACUUACUAAUUUUGGUAAUGUAUCAAGGGUUUAUCGGAUGAAUCAGUGCUUGUAAUCUUUUAAAUACAUUUUCUGAUUUCAUUACUUUUUUUGCCUUAAUUUCAGAAUGACUGGCAUAUUUCAUGUUAUUCGUGAUCCUACGUUUCCUGGACAUACGCCAGCGUUCAGCAACGUAUCUAACGAAAUUCCCAUAGUAAUCGAUAAUGGAUCUUGGCAACUUCGCGCUGGAUGGGGAGGAGAAAAGGAACCUCGGCUGAAAUUCGACAAUCUAAUGUCUAGAUACAGAGACAGAAAGCUUUCCAGGACUUCCACACUUGUGGGAAAUGAUACUUUGGUUGAAGUUGGUGCCCGUUCUAUUGCACGCUCUCCUUUCGAGCAAAAUGUUAUCAAUAACUGGGAUGUGAUGGAAAGUGUACUUGAUUAUACCUUCUUAAAACUUGGAAUUGAUCAUCAAGAUCAUCCUGUUUGCAUGACUGAAUCCUUUAUGAACCCCUCUUAUAGCCGCUCCACGAUGACUGAACUACUGUUUGAGUUAUAUCAGGUCCCUUCGGUUGCAUAUGGCGUAGAUGGUCUUUUUUCCUUUUACCAUAAUGCAGGUAAGGAUUCUAGUGGUAUAGCUCUAAACCUUGGAUAUUCUACUUCUCAUAUUCUGCCUAUCUUGGAUGGCCAGAAACUUGCCCACGAAGCCAAACGUAUUUCCUGGGGUGGUGCUUCCUCAUCAUCUUAUUUGCUCCGUCUUUUCCAAAUGAAAUAUCCAUUUUUCCCUAUCAAAAUGCUUCCUUCUCAGGCUCAAUCUCUUAUGCAUAACUAUUGUCGAAUUUCUCCUGAUUAUAAUACUGAGGUUGCUCACGCGCUAGACAAGGAUAUUUUAGCCCGAGAGGACGUUGUUUUGCAAUUUCCUUACGCCGAAGCAGUAGCGCAAGAAAAAUCGCAGGAGGAACUUGAACAGAUUGCUGAAAGAAAGAGAGAAAGUGGGCGAAGACUCCAGGCUCAAGCUGCUAUUAAAAGAAAAGAAAAAGCUGCUGAGCGCGAAAAAGAGCUCAAAACACUUCGACGCUUACAGGAACAAAGUGGUGUUCUUUCGAAACGAGAGUAUCAAAAAGCUUUACAAGAAGCUGGGUUUUCUGACGAAGCUCAAUUGAAUGCCCAAUUGAAGAACGUGCAAUCUAGAAUUCGCAGGGCAGAAAGAGAUGCUUUACGUCAACAGCAACAUCAACAAGAUGAUUCUGAAGCUGAUCUCGCAGAUAUUGAUGUAGAGCAAGCAUUCCCUUUGGUAAAUGUCCCUGAUUCUGAAUUAGAUGAAGCUGGACUUCGUCAAAAACGAAAUCAGAAGCUUUUGAAGGCAAAUUAUGAUGCCAGGAUGCGUGCAAAAGCCGAUAAGGCAGUUGAAGAGGCGGUUUUGCAAGAAAAACAAGAAGCUGAUGAGCAUUUACGAAAGGAAAGUUUUUCAGUCUGGGUCAAGCAAAAGCGUGAAUUACACAAACAUCUUUUGGAUAAAAUUCAGGAAAAUCGAAGGCUGAAAUUCGAGCUUAACGAUCGCAAAUCACACACUUCACAAAUGAGAAUGAAAAGUCUCGCUACAUUAGCCAGUGAACCUAUUCAAAAAAGGCGACGAAAAGGACAGUCAGAAGAUACCUUUGGCGCUAGUGAUGAAGACUGGAAAGUAUACCAUGACGUUCUAAAUGCUGAGCAGUUAGAAGAAGAGGGAAAGCGUUUCGUGGAGGAAAUUUAUGCAUUAGAAAAACAACUUUUAGAAUACGAUCCUUUAUUUCAACCGGAAAAUACAUAUGAUGCCCUUACUGAUCCCCGAAGUACUUUGCUCUAUGCGUUUACACGAGGAGUCAGUCCCUUUGAUCCAGAGAGCGUUGCUCAUUCGUUUCAGCUUCAUUUUAACGUAGAACGCCUGCGAGUUCCAGAAGUUCUUUUCACUCCUAGCAUUGUUGGCUUAGAUCAAGCUGGAAUAGUUGAGAUUGUUCGCGGCAUUUUACAAAGACAUAACUCGGAAGAACAGAAUAAACUCGUCAAAAAUAUUGUUGUAACUGGAGGUCUCUCAAAAUUUCCUGGAAUUGUUGAGCGUAUUGAAAGAGAUUUAACGAGUGUCCUACCAGUCAAUUCCCCAUUGAAUGUAUAUAGUGCAUCCGAUCCCCUGCUAGAUGCAUGGAAAGGAGCCUCUGAAUGGAGCGUUACAGAAGAAUUCAAGAACGUGUCUAUAUCUCGAGCUGAAUAUCAAGAAAAAGGACCUGACUACUUGAAAGAGCAUGCAUUUGGUAAUCCUCUCCCUUAAAUGUGAUUCAAAUUCUCUCAUGAAUGAAAAUAUAUAUUACAUAUAAUAUGAUAGAAAGUUACUAAUAUAUUUAACAUAAACGGGGUUCUUUCAACAAUACUUUUAUACUAUAAGAAGUGAAGUGUACAUAAGAAGAAUUCCAGUCAUUAUAAACAUUUCACUAUUUGUAUUUGUAUUUGUAUUUAAUUUUUAUCAAUUUUUAACAAAAAAGAGAGAAAGUAAGGCU